CUUCAGUUUUUUAGAAAAUGGCGAACGUACGUGACAGCGAUACGUCUUUAUGGCUUCACAACAAACUCGGAAUUUCAAAUGACUCGUGGACCGGAGGCUCUAUUUGCUCACAGUUAAAUGCCGAAGUCUUGAGGAACAUCAAAGACUGCUUCCCAGAUCUUCAAACGCAAGUGAAAUUAAAACUUUUGCUAAGUUUCUUUCAUAUCCCUCGCAGAAAUACUGAAGAGUGGAGGAUAGAACUGGAGCAAAUUCUGGAUGUAGCGGUCAGCGAUUCCGAACUGUGGGUCGCUAUGCUAGGAGAAGCUCUGAAGACGUAUCCUUCCGUUGGAUCUUUAAAUACGGAAAUAGCUGAUCUGGACGAGGUUCGCCCGAUAUUCACAGAUUUAAUAACCGAUUUGCGGAAGUUGGUGAAGAAACAAGCGGACCAUGUUAUGUUGCCGAUGGAAUGUCACUACUUAAAUAAGGGAGCACUUACUUCUGUGGUUGGACAGCAACCUGCGCCGAUUAAGCACUUUACACUUAAGAAAAAGCCCAAGUCUGCACUUUUGCGGGCGGAAUUAUUGCAGAAAUCGUCAGAUGUCGCGUUAAAUUUAAAGAAGUCUUCGGCGCCCGUUAUUCCUGUACGAUCGCGUGGUAUGCCACGUAAAAUGACUGAUACAACACCAUUGAAAGGUAUACCCAGUAGAGUGCUUUCGAGCGGAUUUAGGGCGGGAUUGAAUAAUAAUGCCGUCAAUCGUCCACAAUUAUCUCGUACCACUGCAGGACGGAAGGAAGGCGGUGUGAAACUGUUAGAUAUUGCCGAUCAGCCUUUGGGUUACGCGGCUGCUAAAAAGAGGAAGAAAAUGCAAGAAAUGGAGGAUGCGAAAAAGGCUUCAGAAACUGCCGCUCAAAACCCACCGGCUACUACAAGUUCGACUCCCGAUUACGCGGCAGGUCUCAAUACCACUCCGACUUACGCUGCCGCGAUACCUGCAUCUACCACUGUUACUUCAACAGCGACAUCUCCAGUGACAACAGUCUCCCCAACAACCCCAUCAACUCCACCAGUCACCACAACGGCACCUACAUUAACAACAUCUACCUCUGUUAUAUUAACCAAUACUGUUACUCCUCAAUAUGUGACGACGACAGUACGCCCGGUUCCUCCAUUACUCACCACCACAGCUUCCGGACAACGAAUGGCCGUGGUCAGCGAACAGUCCACGAACGCGGUCCCCAUCGGCACGCCCGUCGUUCUCACAACACGACCGAUUCAGCAAGUCACCCAAAUCCGAAUACAGCAGCCUCCCACCACCAACUCGUUGCAAAGGCGAGGACUCGCGCUUACGCGUGAGCAAAUGCUGGAGGCUCAAGAUAUGUUCCGUACGGCGAACAAGGUUACGAGACCCGAAAAGGCGCUCAUUCUCGGUUUCAUGGCGGGCUCGAGGGACAACCCUUGCCCGCAUUUAGGUAAUAUAGUCACGAUAAAACUAUCGGAGGACCAAGAAAAUGUCUUACAACCCGAUGAGACAUAUCUCACGAUGCUCGUCGAAACUCACUUCCAAAUGAAUUACAAUAACGGCGAGUGGAAACGAAUCAAAAAGUAUAGGCACAUCGAAAAUAUACAGAGCGAUCAGUUAUUGCCGAACAACCAAGCAGCCGCUACGGUAUGAUAAUCUAAGGUCACCUACGGAGUUAUUUAUUUCAUUGCGAUGUACUUCCCUAAAGCUGUAGGUGCCAAAUUAGUUUCGUUUUGAUGUGCAAAUAAUAGCUGUAAUACUUACAUUGAAGGAAUGUAGAUAAUAAGUGACAAUGAUAAACUCACAAUUUUAUUUGCUUGUAAAUCUCGUAUUAUGGCUGACGUGUUGGCGUUUUGAAAUUUUAUAUUUCAGUCAUUUGUAUAUACCUAGCGUGUAUUGUUAUAUAUUAUAUUAAAAGAUUAUACACUGUA